AUAUUCAUUCAACAGAAACUUAGUAAAAAGAAGACAACAGAAUACACAAAGAUGGUUAAAAUUGUCAAUAAACGAAGAAAAAGUAAGUUGGAAAAAGAUCCGAUAAGGCAACGAAUGCUGCAUGAGAGAUAUCAACAUGCCAAGCGAUUAGAACAUGAUUACUCUCAUGUGUUUCGGAAAAAAACUCGUCUGGAGCUCAUAAGAUUAUCGUUGAUAAUAUGUGGAAUCGAAUUUGCUUAUAGUGCAGAGACUGCGUUUGUGUCGCCGAUUCUCUUAUCGAUUGGAAUUGAACACAAACAUAUGACAAUGGUGUGGGCGUUAAGUCCACUCAUAGCAUUCUUUGUGUCACCGAUCCUCGGAUCAAUCAGUGAUCGAUGUGGCAGUAGGUUCGGCAGAAGGAGACCGUUGAUAGUUGUGCUUUCGAUUGGCCUCAUUCUUGGCUUAAUUCUUGCACCAUGGGGUCGUGACAUUGGAGCGUUUCUUGGUGAUGUUGGUAAUGGUGCAAAUAUUUCCAACAUCACCAACAAUGAUCCUUCGAAAUUUGAGUACAAAACAGUCAAUGCUGAGACCAAAUCGAGCGGAUUCUUCUACGCGAUUUUCUUCACAGUUCUCGGAACUUUGCUCUUAGACUUCAAUGCUGAUAAUUGCCAAACACCUUCAAGAGCUUAUUUGUUGGAUGUUUGUGUCCCGGAAGAACACGCUCAUGCCUUGUCAACAUUUACAAUUAUGGCUGGUUUGGGUGGUUGUUUGGGAUAUGCGCUCGGUGCCAUUAAUUGGGAUACAACAAUUUUCGCAAAUUUUAUCGGUGAUAACAUUAAAACAGUUUUCACACUCACGACAAUCAUUUUCAUCAUUGCCAUGCUGUUCACUGUGACCAGCUUUCGGGAAAUUCCUCUGAAAUUAAUUGAGUCUGAUGAAAUGCUGAAACCAGUGACUCAAGUUGCUGUUAAGAAAGAGAAAGAAAGACUCAAAGCACUUGAAAGCAUAAACAAAGUUUCAAAAGUCAUAGAAAAUGGAGCCACGAUAAGCUCGACAAGUAACAACAAAAGUGAUCCAAAUUUAAGCAGUAUUUCAAUCAGCAGUUCCGAUGACGAUGAAGACGAACCUGAUGAAUCAAUCACGCUUAUGAUGUACCUGAAAUCAAUAAUUUUCAUGCCAAAGGCACUCAGAAUUUUAUGUUUGACGAACUUGUUUAGUUGGAUGGGUCAAAUCCCUUAUUUAUUUUAUUUUACUGACUUUGUGGGUGAAGCAGUGUAUGGUGGAGAUCCGAGUGCAUCUGUAGAUUCUCCAGAAUAUAAACUUUACGAUGCAGGAAUUAGAUUCGGAUGUUGGGGACUGGCACUUGACUCUCUCUCAUGUGCUUUUUAUUCAAUGAUAAUUGAAAGAAUGAUCAAACGAUUUACAGCAAAGAAAAUUUUUGUUGGUGCGAUGUUAAGUUUCUCAAUUUCAAUGGCAAUUUUGGAGAAAUUUAUUCAGCAAAAGUUUGGUAGAAAUAAGACAAACGAAUAUACAAAGAUGGUUAGAGCUCUUAGCAAGCGAAGGAAAAGUGUGUUGGAGAACAAUCCGAUAAGGCAACGAAUGCUGCAUGAGAGAUAUCAACAUGCUAAGCGAUUAGAACACGAUUACUCUCAUGUGUUUCGGAAAAAAACUCGUCUGGAGCUCAUAAGAUUAUCGUUGAUAAUAUGUGGAAUCGAAUUUGCUUACAGUGCAGAGACUGCGUUUGUGUCGCCGAUUCUCUUAUCGAUUGGAAUUGAACACAAACAUAUGACAAUGGUGUGGGCGUUAAGUCCACUCAUAGCAUUCUUUGUGUCACCGAUCCUCGGAUCAAUCAGUGAUCGAUGUGGCAGUAGGUUCGGCAGAAGGAGACCGUUGAUAGUUGUGCUUUCGAUUGGCCUCAUUCUUGGCUUAAUUCUUGCGCCUUGGGGUCGUGACAUUGGAGCGUUUCUUGGUGAUGUUGGUAAUGGUGCAAAUAUUUCCAACAUUACCAACGAUGAUCCUUCGAAAUUUGAGUACAAAACAGUCAAUGCUGAGACCAAAUCGAGCGGAUUCUUCUACGCGAUUUUCUUCACAGUUCUCGGAACUUUGCUCUUAGACUUCAAUGCUGAUAAUUGCCAAACACCUUCAAGAGCUUAUUUGUUGGAUGUUUGUGUCCCGGAAGAACACGCUCAUGCCUUGUCAACUUUUACAAUUAUGGCAGGUUUGGGAAGUUGCUUAGGAUAUGCAAUCGGUGCCAUUAAUUGGGAUACAACAAUUUUCGCAAAUUUAAUCGGUGAUAACAUUAAAACAGUUUUCACACUCGUGACUUUAAUUUUCAUCGUUGCCAUGCUGUUCACUGUGACCAGCUUUCGGGAAAUUCCUCUGAAAUUAAUUGAGUCUGAUGAAAUGCUGAAACCAGUGACUCAAGUUGCUGUUAAGAAAGAGAAAGAAAGACUCAAAGCACUUGAAAGCAUAAACAAAGUCAUAGAAAAUGGAGCCACGAUAAGCUCGACAAGUAACAACAAAAGUGAUCCAAAUUUAAGCAGCAUUUCAAUCAGCAGUUCCGAUGACGAUGAAGACGAACCUGAUGAAUCAAUCACGCUUAUGAUGUACCUGAAAUCAAUAAUUUUCAUGCCAAAGGCUCUCAGAAUUUUAUGUUUGACGAACUUGUUUAGUUGGAUGGGUCAGAUUCCGUAUUGUCUUUAUUUCACUGACUUUGUUGGUGAAACUGUGUUUGGUGGGGAUCCGGCUGCUAAUAUGAAUUCUCCAGAAUACGAGCUUUACGAUGCAGGCAUUAGAUUUGGAUGUUGGGGACUGGCAGUUUACGCUCUCUCUUGCGCAUUUUAUUCAAUGAUAAUUGAAAGAAUGAUCAAACGAUUUACAGCAAAGAAAGUUUUUGUUGGUGCGAUGUUGAACUUCUCGGUUGCGAUGGCAAUUUUAGUUUUCACACUCGUGACUUUAAUUUUCAUCGUUGCCAUGCUGUUCACUGUGACCAGCUUUCGGGAAAUUCCUCUGAAAUUAAUUGAGUCUGAUGAAAUGCUGAAACCAGUGACUCAAGUUGCUGUUAAGAAAGAGAAAGAAAGACUCAAAGCACUUGAAAGCAUAAACAAAGUUUCAAAAGUCAUAGAAAAUGGAGCCACGAUAAGCUCGACAAGUAACAACAAAAGUGAUCCAAAUUUAAGCAGUAUUUCAAUCAGCAGUUCCGAUGACGAUGAAGACGAACCUGAUGAAUCAAUCACGCUUAUGAUGUACCUGAAAUCAAUAAUUUUCAUGCCAAAGGCACUCAGAAUUUUAUGUUUGACGAACUUGUUUAGUUGGAUGGGUCAAAUCCCUUAUUUAUUUUAUUUUACUGACUUUGUGGGUGAAGCAGUGUAUGGUGGAGAUCCGAGUGCAUCUGUAGAUUCUCCAGAAUAUAAACUUUACGAUGCAGGAAUUAGAUUCGGAUGUUGGGGACUGGCACUUGACUCUCUCUCAUGUGCUUUUUAUUCAAUGAUAAUUGAAAGAAUGAUCAAACGAUUUACAGCAAAGAAAAUUUUUGUUGGUGCGAUGUUAAGUUUCUCAAUUUCAAUGGCAAUUUUGGGUUAUUAUCCAACAAAAAUCGGAGUUCUCUUUUUCUCAACAGUCUCUGGCAUUGUUUAUAGCACAUUGUUCACAAUUCCUUUUCUGUUGGUUGCACAAUACCAUGGAAAAGGAACAUUGAAGGUUGAACGACCUGAUAAUAGUGCUGAGAAAGAGAAAUUUAUUCAGCAAAAGUUUGGUAGAAAUAAAACAAACGAAUAUACAAAGAUGGUUAGAGCUCUUAGCAAGCGAAGGAAAAGUGUGUUGGAGAACAAUCCGAUAAGGCAACGAAUGCUGCAUGAGAGAUAUCAACAUGCUAAGCGAUUAGAACACGAUUACUCUCAUGUGUUUCGGAAAAAAACUCGUCUGGAGCUCAUAAGAUUAUCGUUGAUAAUAUGUGGAAUCGAAUUUGCUUACAGUGCAGAGACUGCGUUUGUGUCGCCGAUUCUCUUAUCGAUUGGAAUUGAACACAAACAUAUGACAAUGGUGUGGGCGUUAAGUCCACUCAUAGCAUUCUUUGUGUCACCGAUCCUCGGAUCAAUCAGUGAUCGAUGUGGCAGUAGGUUCGGCAGAAGGAGACCGUUGAUAGUUGUGCUUUCGAUUGGCCUCAUUCUUGGCUUAAUUCUUGCGCCUUGGGGUCGUGACAUUGGAGCGUUUCUUGGUGAUGUUGGUAAUGGUGCAAAUAUUUCCAACAUCACCAACGAUGAUCCUUCGAAAUUUGAGUACAAAACAGUCAAUGCUGAGACCAAAUCGAGCGGAUUCUUCUACGCGAUUUUCUUCACAGUUCUCGGAACUUUGCUCUUAGACUUCAAUGCUGAUAAUUGCCAAACACCUUCAAGAGCUUAUUUGUUGGAUGUUUGUGUCCCGGAAGAACACGCUCAUGCCUUGUCAACAUUUACAAUUAUGGCUGGGUUGGGGGGGUGUUUUGGAAUGAUCAAACGAUUUACAGCAAAGAAAGUUUUUGUUGGUGCGAUGUUGAACUUCUCGGUUGCGAUGGCAAUUUUAGGUUAUUAUCCAACAAAAUUGGGAGUUCUUGUAUUCUCAUCAGCAGCUGGCAUUGUUUAUGCAACUUUAUUUAAUAUUCCUUUUCUUUUGGUUGCACAAUACCAUGGAAAGGGAACAUUUAAAAUUAAACGAGUUGACAGUAGCCCUGAUACAGCUGAGCCCCCUGUGGAGUUUGAACGUGGUCUUGGAACUGAUUGUGGAAUUGUUGGUUCAAUGUUAUUUGUUGCACAAUUCACGAUGUCGCUAAGUAUUGGAUCAUUCAUUACACUCAUUGAUUCAGUCGCUGCAGUACUUUAUGCUGCCAGUUUUUUUAGUUUACUUGCAGCGAUUAGUGGUUGUUAUGUUGUGUAUAUGGAUAUUUGA